AUGGUAGCCGCAUCUCUCACCGUGGAUAACUUCGAAUUGUUUUGCAAAGAUGGAAGUCGUCGCCCUAUAAAUGAAUACCUUGCUUGCAAUUGGGGAAAAGUCCCAUCUGAUGCUAUUGUAACUUCUUCAGCCGUUUCUUUUGAAGAACGAGUCAAAAUCCAAAAGUUUUUGGUGAAAUAUGCCGAAAAGUAUGCAAAAUUCAACUCUACCUACACUAGUCAAAACAAUUUCGGAAAUAAUCAAUCUCCUUAUGAUCCAAACCGAAGACCAGAAUUAGAAUAUGAUCAAUUCGGCAACAGACUAAACAGGUACAAGAGGCAAAACUUUGGAAAUGCCAAUGCACAAGAUCCCUACGGGAAUCCAUACUACAACAAUCAGAACUAUAAUCCUUAUGGAAGAAAUGAUCUAACGACAGAAGGAAAUAAUCAGAACCUUGAUCCAUUUGCAAGAGAUCCAUACAAUAUCAAUCGGGAUCAAUAUGGAGUCAACAUUGAUCCCUAUGAAACUGAUAUUAGAUAUAAUACAAAUUCGAAUCGCUUUCAGGGAUCUCAAGAUGAUUACGAUAUUAAUAGGAAUGUAGAGAGAAAUCAUACUAAUGGAACAUACAAGCCUUUCAGUUUAUUUGAAUCAGUUCCAAAGUAUGGAAUCCAUGGAAAUUUAUUAUUCCAGGAUGCCACAAGAGGAUUUUCUCCAGUUCAGGAAAAUCUCCAAACGUACAGCAAUUUUUUGGGUGAAUCGCUUGAUACAAUCAUGGGGGUUAGAGACUGCCCAGUUAAUAGGAUGGUUUUAUGUGUCACGUCUGAUGCAGAGAAAAAUAAAUGUGUUAAAAUGCGAACUGCAUUGAAAGCACAACUGUUGAAACCGGAAAUGGAUUGCUACAAGGGCCAUUCUCAAAUCCAUUGUAUGCAAGCAAUCAGGUCUGGCACUGCUGAUGUUGCGGUUUUGGAUGCAAGUGAUGUUUACACUGCUGGUCUUCAAUAUGAUUUGGUGCCCUUCAUCAGCGAGGUUUAUAAUCUGGAAGAGGCUGAAUAUUACGUUGUUGCCGUAGCAAAAGAAUCAGAUCCCAGUACAGAAUUGACAUAUUUGAAAAAUAAGAAUACUUGCCAUGGGGGAAUCAGUACUGCUGCCGGAUGGGUUUAUCCGUUGGCUUUUCUUAUAAGUAAUGGCUGGAUAAGACCUUAUGGUUGUAACAGCAUCAGAGCGGCUGCCGAAUAUUUUACCAAGAGUUGCGUUCCAGGAGCCUUGAGUACUGAAUACAAUACUGGGGUACCAUAUGAUAACAUGUGUGAUUUAUGCCACGGAACUAGCUUUAGGUACUGUAGACGUGACGCCUCCGAAGAUUAUUAUGGUCACACGGGUGCGUUCAGAUGCCUGGUAGAAGGAGGAGGCCAUGUCGCUUUCGUCAAACAUACAACAGUUACUGAAAAUACUGGAGGAAAGAAAAGGGAGUGGUGGGCAAGGGACAACCUGAAUGACGAUUUCGAGUUACUAUGUCCUGAUGGUACUAGAGCCGAAAUAAAUGAAUACCAGAAAUGCAAUCUGGGAAAAGUUAAAGCGAAUGCUAUUGUCACCAGAGGUGGGUAUGGUUAUAACGAGACCCACAUCAACGCUUACAUCAACUUAUUCAUGUAUGCACAGACCUUUUAUGGUAGAAAGUUCUCUGACGAAUUCAGUUUCAGUAUGUUCUCUUCAGCUCCGCCCUUCUCAGAUCUGAUAUUUCAAGAUGCCACGACGCAGUUAAGGGUUAUCGAACCAAGUAGAAGAGAAUAUUCCAAAUACUUAGGGGGAGAUUUCUUGAGGGCUCGGAGGAUAGUAGACUGUCACGCAGGCAGCAGUAUGAUAAAAGUCUCCUUUUUAGCAGUUAUCAUUCCAGUUUUAUUACUUUUAUAGUUUGUUGUGAAAGACAAUUUUAAAAUAUCGAGUGAUUGUUUUCCGUCCAUUUUAAAGAAAGAUUUUAUGUUUUCGAGGUAUCCUCGUUAAAUUUGGAAUAUUAUGUGAAACUAUGAUAAUUCUUGAUCAUUCCUCCACAAAGUUUUUGUAUAUUUUUACACGUUUUAUUUUAUUUUUUUAUUCAUCGUACUUGAUAUUUAAAAAUAAAUUUGUAUUCCAAUUCGUAAUAUUUUUGUUGAAUUGUUAUAUUUUGUGAUCUUUUCAACCAUCAACAAAUAUUUCUGAAUAUUCAAGUACGAUUACAUAUGUACAAAGAUUUUUUCAAAACAAUUCUGUAUAAUUUUAUAUGUUAUACAUUUUACCUGUUGUUAGUUACAUUUUUUUAAGUCUUACUUCUAUAAACUAAAAAAUACAGAUCACUGGAAAGGUCCUCUGUAAUGAAUUAAUUUUUAUACUUGUGCAGACAUCUCAAAGUUCAGCAAAAUAUAUUUGAUA